AGCUCCCGCAGGACCGAACUUGCGUCAGCUAGUCAUGUGACCGCCCCGUACCACGUGACGCUUUCCCAGAUGAACUCUGUUGUGGAGGAGUCGGUGACGCGAUAUGUUAGCGGUGACUUCUAGGAGAGCGGUUCCCUGGGGUCUCGGUGCAGGCUGGGCCUCCGGGGCGGUGCUUCGACAGGUCAGCUCUUUACCAAACUAUUCUUUUCCUAAAGAGGUGAAAAUUGUGGAAGUGGGACCUAGGGAUGGCCUGCAGAAUGAAAAGACUAUUGUUCCAACUGAAGUUAAGGUCCAACUGAUUAAUAUGUUAUCUGAGUCUGGACUACAGGCAAUAGAAGCAACAAGCUUUGUGUCUCCAAAAUGGGUCCCACAGAUGGCAGAUCAUAUAAGUAUAAUGCAUGGAAUAAAGAAGUUCCCCAAUGUCAGCUACCCUGUUUUGACCCCAAAUCUCACAGGAUUCCAGAAGGCGGUUGAAUGUGGGGCCAAAGAAGUAGCCAUAUUUGGUGCAGCUUCUGAGCUUUUCAGUAAGAAGAAUAUUAACUGCACUAUAGAAGAAAGUUUACAGAGAUUCCAGGCAGUUACAGAGGCAGCAAAAGAAGCCAAUAUACCUGUACGAGGGUAUGUCUCUUGUGUUCUUGGAUGCCCAUAUGAAGGGAAAGUGUCUCCUAGUAAAGUGGCUGAGGUGGCGCACAAGAUGUUUUCCAUGGGUUGCUAUGAGAUCUCCUUAGGAGACACUAUUGGAGUGGGGACACCUGGCAGUAUUCGAGAAAUGUUGACAGCAGUUCUGGAAGUAAUACCUGUCAAGGCUGUAGCUGUUCACUGUCAUGACACAUAUGGACAGGCUCUAGCAAACAUACUUGUGGCUCUGCAGAUGGGAGUGCAGGUGGUGGAUUCCUCUGUUGCAGGUUUAGGUGGGUGUCCUUACGCACAAGGAGCUUCUGGGAAUGUAGCCACAGAAGAUGUCGUUUAUAUGCUACAAGGCCUUGGCAUUCACACAGGAAUUGAUUUAAAGAAGCUUACAGAAGCUGGGGCCUUUAUAUGCAAAGCUCUCGGAAGGAAAAGCAGUUCUAAAGUGGCACAAGCAAUGUCUAAACUGUGAGAUUAAACCUAUGCACAAUGUCCUCUCCACAAAUCAGGACUUUUCUGAAUUCCCUUAGAUCUGUUUAUAAUGGAACAAUGGAUGGUUUUCCCAAAAAAAAGGUUAUGGCUGUUUUGGUGAUGUUUCCCAUUGUUAGUACAGAGCAGGAUGAGAGGUGGCUAGAGAGAUGCCAUUUCUACAGCUCGUGUUGGGGGAAGUAGGAAGGGGAAGGAUUGUUCCUCACUGCAGAGACCCAGUUGGUAUAUGGAGACCUGUUUUGAUGUCCUUUGUUAAAAUAUUGUAGAUUUGGAAAAUGUUUAUUUCUGUUGAACAGGUUUUAUGUAAAAAAAAAAAUACAUACUUACUGUCUAUAUUUGUAUUAUUUUUUGCAGCAUAUUUUUCUGUAUUGUUUGCCAGCAUAGACUUUUAUUAUGUUCCCUUUUUACAGCAUAAUGUGCUCAAUGCAUAAAAGGUAGCACAAAUAUAGG